AUGAGCUGGCGCAAAGUCUUCAGGAGAUCUUCCUCUCGCAGAGAACGUCUAGAUGACUCCUCGUCGUGCUCAUCGUCUUGUUCCUCGUCAUGCUCCGGCUGUGAAUCCCGGAGCAUCGACAGCGAAAACAUCUUCCGCGGCGCAACCCCGGCUCCUAGCACAGCCAACCCUGAAAGCCGCGCAGCCGCACCGCACCGCAGCGUCCUCGUCCGCUUCUCUUUCCUCAAAGACAGCAACAACACCAUCCCGGUGCGCCUCACAGAUCUCGCCGGCGGCUACGGCAUGUACCACUUCCUGUACCUGCUCAGCGAGGCGGCCAUCAUGCUCAUGUGCAACCCCGACACGACCGUCCCGUUCAUCGUAGAGCACCUGCGCCCCGUGCACGCCGUCAUUCAGGCCUACUUCAAGGUCAAGAUUCGCUGGGACCUGGGCGGCGGACUGCUCGGGCACACUGAGCUUCCUCUCGUCGACGCCCAUGAGACGUGGAACGAUGUUGUCAAGAUGCUGGUGGGACCGGGUGGGAGGGGAGGCUGCGUGGUGGUGGACUUACCGGAGGAUAAGGUGGAAUAUCUGCGGCGGGUGGUCCCAGCGGCCGUGAAGCCGGAUGACGAGCCGGAGACGGAUGAGGAGGAAUACCCGGAGCCACUAGCCUCCCCCGCCGCCUGGAUCAAGUCCCUCGUCCUCGUCGCCAGCUUCAUUAUCUUCGCCGAGUACACCCUCUCUCAGGUAAUGGCGCCCAAGGCAGGCUCCUCUCUCCUCGCCGCGCUCGCCGUCUUCGGCACCGGCUCCGGCGCCCUCAGCGGGUCCGGCACUACCGCCAGCGGCAACAGCUCCGCGGGUGCCGGCGGCGUUGACCUCACAUGGCACGCCCCCGCAAGCUCCGAGGUCAACAACCUCACCUCCGUGAUCAGCGGCAAGGGCGUCUGGGGCUUCAUCUACGACACAUCCGCCACGCCGGACGAUAACUAUGGGCAGUACAACUGGUGCAACAUGCCCCACGUGCGCAAGACGGAGUAUGUCAAGGCGAGCGAUGAGUACGAGCUCAAAUACGUCGAACUGAUUCACCGCCACCACAAACGCACCCCCUACGCCUCCAACGCCUUCCCCGUGGAAUCCUACCAGUGGAACUGCGACGAGCAAGGCCUCUUCUACUACGGCGAGCCCUUCGCCUCCGCCAACAAGCCCGCAAAGACCUACUGGAAGGUCUACAUCUCCCCCGUCAACCCCUUCGUCCCCGCCGGCUGGAUCGGGACCUGCCAGUUCCCGCAAAUCACCGCCCAAGGGCUCGACGACUCCUGGGUCCACGGCGCAGACCUCUUCGGCGUCUACCACGACCUGCUCGGCUUCCUCCCGCCAAAGGACGCCGCCGGCUCCGCCGACUGGCUCGCCAAGGUCAAGUACCGCGUGACCAACAACCAGAUCACCAGCCAGGUCGCCGGCAUGGUCGUCAACGGCAUGUGGGGCACCGCCGCCUCCACGGGCCUCUCCAUCCAGGCCGCCGGCGUCGACUCCCUCGAGCCGCAGUACUCCUGCCCGGCCGGCGCCGCCCUCUUCUCCCGCAUCAAGUCGUCCGCCAACGCCCCCUGGCAGCAGCACCUCGACGCCGCGGCGCCCCUCUACGCCACUCUCGACGACAUCUCGGGCGUCCCCGCCGACGACGCCGGCUUCCACGCCAGCCUCGACCACUACUACGACAACCUCUCCGCCCGGCAGUGCCACGACAAGCCGCUGCCGUGCAAGCUCGUCGGCGGCGCGAACAGCACGACGUGCGUCACGCAGGAGAUCGCGGACGCGGUGUACCGCCUUGGGCAUUGGGAGUACUCGCAGAUGUACCGCGACGCGGGCCCCGACGCUCUGGCGGCCAGCGUCGCGAACUGGGGCGUGUGGGUGGCCGAGCUGGCGACGCAUCUGCGCGCUGUGGUGGCCGGGCAGAGCGAGACCAUCUACUUCCACAACGUCGCGCACGACGGCUCCGUCUCGAGGCUGUUGUCGAUUUUGCAGCUCGACAAGAUGGUCUGGCCGGGCAUGGGCUCCGAGGUUGUGUUUGAGCUGUACAAGAAGAAAGCCAAGAGCUCUUCCGACGGCGCAGCUGUUGCCCAGAGAGCAGCUGGAUCGGAUGCGAAAGCCGGAGAGAGCGGGUGGUACAUUAGGGUCCUCUGGAGCGGGCAGGUUCUCAAGUCGUCGAACCCGUCGCUGGGCUUGAUGGACAUGAUUCCUGUCGAGACACUGCUGGCGUAUUUUGAUGGACUGGUUGGAGAGAAUGCAAGCCUGAUCAAGGGCAAGUGCACUAAUUGA